AUGCGGGCCAGCUUCGUCGUGUGUCUCGUAUCAACAAUAAUCUACGCAGUGUGCGGUGCAUACUCGGGAGAAACGAGUGCAAGUUCGGUCAAAAUCUCGGAAGCACGCAUAGCAUCUCGCGACGGUGGGCGAUUCGAUAGUGACAACCAGAAAAGGCAAUUGCGCUCUCGAGAUGCUGAUGGGGCACAGAGGCAACUCAAAACGUGGAGGUCAGCUGGCGAAAGAGUUAUUGAAUGGGUAAGAAAAGGAAAACAGCUAGAAGACGUGAAGGAUACGAUGUUGGUGACAAGUGCAAUGGACAAGCUCGACCCGAAGCUACGUUUGUACAAGAAAUUCGGGAAUGCGCUGCUGAAGGACGGCGAACCAAAACACCUGUACAAGAAGUGGGAGCAGUCAAAGUGGGAUAAGCUUUUAGGCUGUCUGCAGCCGCCUUGUGUCGCUCCGUAA